AUGUCUAAUAACACUGAAUCUAAUAUACCCGUAAAAUUUACUGAAAAUUCAAAUAAUGAGUGGAUUAAUUGGAUUGAAGAAGCCAUUGCAAAAGAUUACUUUAAAUAUUAUGAACUCAAUCAUUUUAGUAAUUUUCAAGAAAUUGGGUUUGGAGGGUUUGGGAAAGUUUACCGUGUGAACUGGAAAAGUUCUCCUAAUUAUUUGGCAUUAAAAUCUUUUUUCAAUUUUAACAACGUCACAAUUAAAGAAAUACUUAAAAUUCAACGUGAAGUGGAUUUUCAUGAGAAUAUUAUUCGUUUCUGUGGUAUUGCAACAGAAAAUCAAAUUGAUAAUUCAAAAAAAUAUUGGUUAGUAAUGGAGUAUGCAGAUGGAGGUACUCUUCGAGAAUAUUUGAAGGAACAUUUUGAUAAUCUUACUUGGAAUAAUAAAUUUAAUAUGGCACUUCAGUUGGCUUGUGCUAUAUUAUGCUUACACGAUGAAGGAAUUAUUCACCAUGAUCUGCAUUCCAAAAAUGUAUUAGUUCAUCAAAAUAUGGUUAAAUUAGCUGAUUUUGGUCUAUCAAAAAGAAUUGAGGAAUCAUCCAACCUUUCUUCAACGAAAUUAUUUGGAGUAAUUCCUUAUAUUGACCCGAAAAGUUUUAGUAAACCGUAUGACGUUUGUUUAGCAAUUAAUAUAUCACAAGGUCUUAGAGAGACACCCAUUCCUGAUACACCCGAAGAUUGUGUAAAUAUUUAUACUGAUUGUUGGAAUAAUGAACCAGAUAAUCGUCCAACUAUCAAUCAGGUAGUCUUUAAAUUAAAUGCAAUUAUUCUGAAGAAUAAUAAUAUGGUUAUAAAAGAUUUUCGGCAGACAAAUGAUUCUUAUACAAACCAAUUAUCCAGUAAACAACAACUCGAUUUGAAUGCUUUUGAAGAUCCUAUGAAUAAUUCAUCACAUGGAGAAUUAUCCAAAUUUAUUCAAGAGUUUAACAAGAUGAAUACUAAAGAAAUAGAUUCUUCAAUAUCAUCAAAUAUUAACUUUAUGGUGACAGUUGAUGAAAUGGUUGAACUUUCUGAUAAGUUAAGCGUAGAUGAUGAUGAAUUAGAAAGACUACUUAUUUAUAAUUAUCUUAAUAAUCAUAAUAUGACCUCACAGGAAAUUUAUAUUUACUUAUUAAAUAAUCAAAAUCAUUCAAAUUCUAUUGUUUUACUUGGAGAUUUUAAUUAUUUAGGAAUUGAAAUUAAUAUUGAUAAAAAAAAGGCAUUUGAAUUAUAUCAGGUAGCUGCAAAUUCAGGAAGUAUUAUAGCACAAUAUAAUCUUGGUUGCUGUUAUCUACAUGGGAAUGGUGAUUAUAAAGAUUACAAUAAAGCUUUUGAAUUAUUUAAAAAAUUAGCUGAAAGAGAAUAUUCAAAAGGAAUAAACUAUUUAGGAUUUUGUUACAGAAGAGGAAUUGGAACUGAUAUUGAUGAAAAAAAAGCAUUUGAAUUACAUCAUAAGGCAACAGAUUUAGGAAAUACGAUUGGAAUAAAUAAUUUAGGACAUUGUUAUGAAGAAGGAAUUGGAACUGAUAUUGAUGGAAAAAAAGCAUUUGAAUUAUAUCAAAAGGCAGCAGAUUUAGGAAAUGCAUAUGGAAUAAAUAAUUUAGGACAUUGUUAUAAAAAAGGAAUUGGAACUGAUAUUGAUGAAAAAAAGGCAUUUGAAUUAUAUCAAAAGGUAGUAGAUUUAGGAAAUGCGAUUGGAAUAAAUAAUUUAGGACAUUGUUAUGAAAAAGGAAUUGGAACUGAUAUUGAUGAAAAAAAGGCAUUUGAAUUAUAUCAAAAGGUAGCAGAUUUAGGAAAUGUAAUUGGAAUAAAUAAUUUAGGACAUUGUUAUGAAAAAGGAAUUGGAACUGAUAUUGAUGGAAAAAAAGCAUUUGAAUUAUAUCAAAAGGCAGCAGACUUAGGAAAUACAUAUGGAAUAAAUAAUUUAGGAUAUUGUUAUGAAAAAGGAACUGGAACUGAUAUUGAUGAAAAAAAGGCAUUUGAAUUAUAUCAAAAGGCAGCAGAUUUAGGAAAUAUUACAGCUCAAUAUAAUCUUGCUUUUAUGUAUGAGAGUGGAACAGGAAUUCUUAAAGAUAUUAAUCAAGCAAUUUACUGGUAUAAAAAAUCUGCAUUACAAGGAGAUAAAGAUGCUCAAAAUAGAUUAGAACAAAUUCAUGCAAAGUAA